UAGAUAACAAGAUAAGAAAGUGAGUCGUUGUAAUCAAUUCUUCACGUAAGUCGACCAUAACUCGCAAUUGCACUAUAAUUUGUUAAACUAAUGUGCACCUAAGCAUGUGGAUUAGUUUGUCUGCGGCUCUCUCAGCGCUUGCCGUUGUAGUGCACGGCUACUGCCCGGCCGGGUUCGAGGCCCUGGGGGACCAUUGCUACACCAUUCUGAAGGUGAUGGGAUCAUAUGCCGAGGGAAAGACGUAUUGCAAUAUGGCGGGAGCAUCCCUUGCUGUGAUACGGAGUCGGGAAGAGGAGAACCUCAUAGAUAGCUACAUCCGCAGACACAUGAGUCAAAUCCAGUCUUCUCAGAUCUGGAUCGGUGGGUCCGACAUCCUUCAGGAAGGUACGUUCCUUGCCCCUGGUAGCCAGGAGGUGCUAACCUACUUUAACUGGGCCCCGAAUGAGCCAGAUAACGCCGGUCCGGGCCAACAUUGCCUCAACAUUUUCCGAGAUGACUCGCAAUUGCGAUGGGAUGAUGACAAUUGUGAAUUCGAUAGAUUCCCGAUGUGUCAAAGGGAGCAAGUAGAUCAGUCGGUCGUUGGAUAGAUCAGCCGGUUGUUGGAUUGAUGAGCCGGUUGUUGGAUAGAUAACAAAUGCGUAAUAACAUAGAGAAAUAAAGCAUAAGCGAAGCCUUUAA